GAAGCAUACGCGAUAGUUUGUAGUUCCAAAACAAGAGUUUCAGCAAUAUUACGCCUAAUAUAUGGUGGAAGACGUGUUCGUAUUCGUAGUUGAAAAAUACUCAAAAGUCCGGGAAAUAGGACACGACCGUUUCGGAAUUCGGUUAAUGGACUUAUACGAUAAAAUUGUUUAAUUUUUCCAAGUGCGUAUCGCGGUCAACCUGCCAUGGUUGCUCGGAACGCGUCUUCUUUGCGCUGUGAAAUAUCGGAAAAUAUACCUAAAAUGCGAGAACCCUGCUAUAAGGAGCGGCAUUUUACGUGAGAGCAAGACCUGCAGAAUGGUGGUGGAUUCAUUAUCAGUUCAGGGCUCAGCAGGUGUAGCGAGAAAGCACGAGCGAAGAUUGGGAGUAGGCGGAACUGUGGGGGCAAAAAUGCAGCCCAAUGGUGGAAGUGGUGGUGGUGGUAGCGGAGGUGGUAUGACGCCCAAGGAGCUUUCUGACAACGAUGAUCUUGCAACGUCUCUAGUGCUCGAUCCCUACUUAGGCUUCACAACGCACAAAAUGAAUAUUAGAUACAGACCUCUGAAAGCUAAUAAAGACGAACUGCGCAAGAUUAUCACAGAGUUCAUUCAAACUCAAAAUUAUGAGAAAGCUUACAAAAAAUUAAUGGGGGGUGAUUGGGGAGCAAGAUUACCCCAUACGAAAACUAAACAGCAGCAGAUUAAUCUAGAAAAACACAUUUACCGAUAUUUAAGAGUAUUUGACAAAAACUCAGGGUUCGCAAUUGAGCCCUGUUACAGGUACUCACUAGAGGGACAGAAGGGUGCCAAAAUAUGUGCAACUCGUCGGUGGCCAAAACAUGAAAAGAUUUCAUGCCUCGUAGGGUGUAUAGCCGAACUUAGUGAAAAGGAAGAAGCGGCUUUAUUGCAUCCUGGAAAAAAUGAUUUCUCGGUAAUGUUCAGCUGUAGAAAGAAUUGUGCACAGCUUUGGCUGGGCCCUGCUGCAUAUAUUAAUCACGACUGUCGAGCAAAUUGCAAGUUUGUCGCAACUGGGAGAGACACUGCCUGCGUCAAAGUCUUGCGUGAUAUAGAAGUGGGUGAAGAAAUAACCUGUUUUUAUGGUGAGGAUUUUUUUGGUGAUGGAAACUGUUACUGUGAAUGCGAAACGUGCGAGAGACGUGGGACAGGUGCAUUUGCCAGUCAAAAACCAGGCGAAGAGCUUUCAUCUGGUAAUUCAUGCAAAAGGUAUCGCUUAAGAGAAACCGAUAAUCGUAUAAAUCGUACAAAACAUCGACAACAGCCUCCAUCUGGAAACAAGCAACAGCAAACUGAAAAUUCUUUGGCAGAUAAAAACGCCAUGCUGGUUGCAAAUUCCGCUGUAACACCCCUGUCUCUUAGUAUGAAAGAAUUGCGACGAAAAGGGUUGACCAAAUAUGACGCGGAGUUAUUGAUUGCCCAGGGAUGUCGGUUUUCGGACAUUGCGCAACAGCCAGUAAACGUGAACAACAAUAGUGAAAACCCACAGGUUCGACAACACUCUACCUCAAAUCUUGUCAGCACCCGAAAUCUCAGGAAUAAACAACAGUCGAUGGCGAGAACAGAAAGCAACAACAAUAACAACAAAAACAGUCAAAGCCUCAGAGCUUCCAGGCUUCAAAAGAGGACAGAGACGAAAAGAACCAGGGCCAGUGAGGAUGACGGGUCGUCGAGGUCGAGCAGUUCUACAACAAAUAGUCGAGACGAACAUGAAAUAAGUAUGUGCAAGAAUGAAUCCGAUCUAACACAAAAUGAGAAUGUCGAAUUACUCUCAAGGCUGCAACCAAGUCAUUCGAACAACGGUUUAAGAGCAGAUAUCUUCGAUGAAAAUUCCCACAGUAUGGGGAGACUUCAUACCAAGAAUGGCGACGAAAAUUCAGGAGCAUCGAAUGUUUUGAAUAAAAAUCUUCAAAACAGACUGUCUACUUUACACGCAUAUGAGACGUCAAAGUCUGCUCUUUCGUCGAUGGAUAAUAAUGACAAAGACGAAUCUCGAGAGGUUGAAGCCUAUGGCAUUGAUAAUAAGAAAAUAUGUUUUGAUGGUCAGCAAAAGUGUGGUAAUUCUCUGGUUCCUUGCCUCUCGAACCUGAAUUCCCUUCAGAUAAAUCAGCAGAAAGAUGGAGCACUCAACGAAGGCCAUACAAAUUUUGAUUAUCAGAUCGAUGCUAACGGAUCAUCGAAGAAUAAUGAAUUUCAUAACUCAACUAGUGAAAAGCAUGAAUUUUCAGAGAAAGUCCGUGCAUCUAUUGAAAAUAAAGAUAAUUUUUGUAAGGAUAUGCAGAUGCAGAUUGACGAACAAGAAAACAAGGAGAGAGUUAAAAGGUUCAUUGGAAUGCAGAUGCCUGAGAAUGUCAGAGAUGGUUUAAUGGUACAUGAAAAUAUGAUGGAAGAUACGAAGCACAACUAUAAGAUUAACGAAAAUCAAUCCCACACAAUGGGCUUUCAGACAGCUUCCAAUAACCAGCAAAAUGAAAAUUCCAGUGAAACUAGUCGGUCCAGUUCCGUAUCUCGUGAAGUAAGUGAAACAAACAGUGAAUCCGAUAGAACAAGUCAGGUGAAGUAUCAUCUGCAAGAAGAAGAAUUCAACAUAAUAAAUACUGGCAAUGAAAAUUCUUUAGAAACCUAUGAAAAAUCGGAAAGCUCUGUCCAGGUACCAUCGAUUGCUGCUGAAAGUCAUACAACUAGAAACGACGACCAUCAAGAUAGAGAAAACCGUAGAAAUGAGUCAUCAGCUUUAAGGCAAAAUGGAAUUGUUUCAGAAAAAAAAUGUCACACCCUAAAUCUACGACGUAAUCAUGAAAGUCUUUAUGAUACACGAAAGCAGAGGCAUGAUUCUCACGAUAUGUUUUCAAGGAAAGGUAUCUUGGAAGACAAUACGUAUGAUAAAGAGUUGAUGACUGGAAAAAAUAAUCCGGAUCAAAAUUUCCCAAGAAAAGAAGAUACCUUGGACAAUUCGCACAGCAUGAAUCUCAGAAAAUCUGAGGAUCGGCGAAAUAUAACAAUAAAAAGAUUAACUCAGCAACGAGCCAAAAGCACUGACAUCAGCUUGAGGUCUCGUAGGAAUCACAAACGGCUCACUGAACCUUCCUUGGAAUCUGGUGUCGAGGGUGACUCACCUGAUAGUGGACAACAGACUGUUUCUACGUCAAGAGACAAAAGUAAAGGAGUCAAAACUAACGGAAGAUUAACAAGGAGCCAGCGAAGGGGUCAUCAACGAAAUGACGCAACAGCGGUGGCAGCUGUAGCAGUUGCCGAUGAUGAUUCAGGCAUUCAGGGUGAUAUAUACGAGUUUAACGAGAAGGAAAGCAACUUGGAAGACAUUGAAAUAUCGGCGAUUAGACGAGGCAGAAAUAACGACAGACAAUCGGUUAGUCCAGAAUCUCGGUUGCAGUUGCCACAAGGCGGGGAAGCUUUUAGCCACCUGCAACCUCCUGCACUUAUACCUGAGGAACCUUGGCCGCGCAGUGCAAAUACGCAGCCGAAUUCCAACAGCUGGGAAGAAAAAAGUAAUUAUUUGCAGGAGAAUUCAAGGACUGGUGGAGCGGGUAAUGAAAGGCUGGUGACAGAGGAGAACAAGAGCACAAAGAAGUCAAUGUCGCUACCGGACUGUCAAUGGUCUUUGAGUAGCAAUCAAAACUGCCAAGUUUGUCCCGCGACUCCGGAAAGAACAGGAGGAAGGCUAAAGCUAACAUUACGUAUGAAGCGUUCUCCAGUAUUGGAUGAUGUUAUUGAGUCUGGUACAAGCCUCAGCGAAGACAGUUAUGAACCGGAAUACGAAGUUUUAAGAGUUGAGGGUGUGGAAGAGGGCAGGCGUCGUAAGAAACAUAAAACAAGAGACCGGGAAAGGCGGCACAAGAAACGAGAAAUAAAUUUAAACCCACCACCACCUCCUAUGAAACGAUUACGUUUAAUUUUUGGCAACGAGAGCCAUACUAUUGAUCUACCACAUUCUUAACGGAUAGGUCUGGGCAUAUAAAAAUAGUUGUAAUAUUAUGAUCAAUUAUUGACUAUUAUUAUCAUUAUCAUUAUUCUUCAGUUACAAAAAGAAGAAACAUCUUUAAAUAAAAGACUGUGUUUGACGAAGACAAUUUAGGAACCUUUUGCCAUUGCCCAACUUUCCUUUUCUACUACUAUCAACCAAAGAAUCUGCUUACUUUUUCCGUCAAUUCAAUUAGUUUCAGCAGUUGCGAUCGAUUUCAUAAGCAAGAUUUUGUGAUAAUUAACUACUUUAUAUUUGAUGAAAUGAAUAUUCUGGUGCUGUGUGGUAUGCAAUAAUCAGGCUCGACAAAUCGAGUGAGUAUGCGGGUUUUUGGUGAUUGUUCGCAUUAGGAAUACUAGCAUGUUGAUGCAUUUUCUCUUGAAUCAAAUUAGUCCAGUCCAGUCAAGUGUCCACGGCAGUCAGGAUCCUAUGACUUUCAAGCACAGAUUUUUUAUUUAAAGAAAUGCCGGUGUUCAUAAAAUUCGUUAUAUUAUAAAUUCAAGGGAUUUCAAAGGUGAUUCUUGCAUGUCUUACAGGCAAAAAGAAAAAUUCAAGAAACAAAAAAAAAAGGAGAUAAAAACUUGCAUUUUACCAAUACAAAAAUUAAUAUGUGUUAAUUAUAUAAUGAAUAUAAUCAAUUGAUUGAAAGUUUUUUCGGUAUUUACAUGUCAUCAAUAUCUGCUUACUAAUAUCUUAUCAAAUCAAACCGGACUUGUAAGUAUCCACACACUACGCGUUUAUACUUAUGAUCAGUUUCUAUUAUAAAAAAUAAUUAAGAGGAAAAAGCUCACAAAAAUGAAAGAGCAAUCUACGAUUAUAGAUUUUUCUGGGCGCAAAACAAAUUAAGUUCAAUUCAAAUGAUGUAUUGCCGAAGAAUCCACGUUUUAUGAUUAUGUUUUCAUGCCUGUGGUACGUACAUAUUACCUAAAGAGAUCUUAAAUUUAGUACGGUAACCGAGGAAAGUUGAACAUAUUUCCUAGUCUGAAUCUUGUUUUUUCUUCAUCGCGAUACAUUGAUGAAUAAACUUUAUUGUAAAAAAAAAAGGUUUAUUUAUAAAUAUGUAUUUUUUUCUUUUUUUUUACACUUCAGAUUUUGAUAAUUAAAGAUUUCUAUACACAUGUAACUGGUGUUUCAUUCUGAUAAAUAAGUAACAAGAUAGGUUAUCCUAUUAAAUUUAGUCUGUACAGGUAUAUCAUCUUUGGAGACUCUUGAUUAUUGUGAUUAAUAUUAAUGUCACUCAAUAUAUUACCUAUUGAGUCUGUGUUCAUAUAACUUAUUGAAACUGUUGAUGGGACUAUGGUGAAAUAUGAAUUGAAAUGAGAUGAAACAGAAAUAAUCGAUGAUGAUGAACUUUCCAUGCAUCUUUUAACUACAUGUAGAAAUAGUUAUUGAAUUCGAAAAAUCCAUUUGUCUGUGUUUUAAGAAUGGUACAGGACAAAAGUGAAGAAGUGUUGAAAAAAAAAAAAAAAAUUGGCUCUGAAUCUUAAUCCCAGUCAAACAAAGACUAUUCGUCAUUUUUCCAUAAUCACUUGUUAAAUCUCUUCGUGUACAUUGUCUUUAUAAAGUGACAAGUGAAGAGAAUCCAUACUUACUAUGUAUAAUAAAUAGCAAUUAAACUAUAAAAUAAUUGAAAUAGCUAAAUACCAGUUAGUAACUAUUAUUAUUAUUAUUAUUAUUGUUAUUAUUAUUAUUAAUAUUAUUGUUAUUGAUUUAUCAAUUAAUAAUAAUAUGUGACAUAUUAUCACAGGACAAUUGUAAAUAGAUUUGAAGAUAUAGUAACAGUAUUCUGUAUUCUGUUUUCAUACAGCGCCUCAACACACAUCUAACGAUCAGUUCUGACUAACUUUUUAAUUCAGCAAAAUUGAAUGUUGAACGAUAUAGUAGCUACUGUGUAGAAACAUCCGUUGAAAAAAAAAGUUACCUAUUCAGUGCAUGCAUGAUUUUAUUCAGCAACCGAAAUAUGUUAUUUCAAAAUAAAUGUUUAAGAAAAGAAUUAAUUGUAAUCUUCGAUUAAUCCCAUUUGAUUUAAAUUUUCCGAGUUUUCCUCUUCGCUUCGUUCUUUUGAACCAGUAUUCUUGGGAAGGAUGAGAAAAUUUUGAAUCAAAUUAAUUCAUGGUGCAAUUUAGAAACAUUUUUCAACGGAUAUGUCAUAACUUAUCUCAAGAAUUUACAUAUUGUACGCUUUUAUAACCGAUAUAUAAUACUAGGAUUAACUGAUUACUGCCAUUCAUUCAUCGUACUUGUUUUUGUAGGAAUAUGAAAACGAAUAUGUAAAAUGAGACACUUCUACUUGUUUAUGUAUUGCAUAAAAUAUCAGUUCAACGUACCCCUAGUGAAAGCGGAGAAUUUGUUGCGUAUUAUGAAAAAUGAUGUAUUCAAUAAGCAAUUGAAACUGAAUAUUUGGAAUACUAAUAUUUUCUCACAGUUGUACCAAAUGUUUCAUCUUGUUCACAAAUGAUAUUGAACUUAUACUUUGCUUCAAGUAUUCAACACAGCCGUAUGCGAUAUAAAUGUGUAAGAUUCAAAGGGUUAUAAUCAGCUAAAAUUUAUGUGAAUUCCUGGGAUAUUGAGUGUAACCAACUUUAUAUGAAGAUACGUGAGAGCGAAUAGAAGGAAAAAAAUUUUGUUCAACUUUGACAGCAUGUUAAGUAAUAUGAUCAAUGGAUCAAAAUUUAAAAAGUUUAUUAUAAGCUAACUGUAUAGCUAAACUGCUUGACGCUUGUGUUGUGAGGUGUAUAGACUUAGAAAAUUUACUCAAAAACUUUUUUUUCGUUCUAUUUCUCGAUAGCAAAACUGGCCGUAAAAUUAUUCACUGUUUAUAAUAAAAUUUGUAAAUCCAUAUAAAAAAUACAUUAUACAUAUGCAUAGGAAACAGUGAAAUAUGAAUACGAAUUAGGACUAUCGUUGGAUGACUAUACCUAUAUUCUCUUUCAUCUUGCAUCAUUAUUUAUUGAUCUACAUUUACAUACAUCCGAACACCCUAUGUUUGUGUUUUUUCGACAUAUUUAUAUUUAUACAUACAAGUCAAUUCAAAUAGCGGCAAUAGAAAUUUGAAAAUGAUCGUUCGUUCACAAUGCUGUGUCAUACCAAUUAAUAAGUUUUUGAUAGAGCACGUACAAUAGACUUCUGCCAAAUGUCAAUCAUAUACAAUUAUUUUAGCUACAUAGGUCUUUAAAUAUUGUUUUAUUCUUACGUCAUAGUUUCUUGAGAUUUUAUCUUAUAUUAAAGACCCUUUUUUUUAACGUAUCAAAAUUGAUUACUGUUUUUCUUUUUUUCUCGUUUCUUUCUUUUUUUUUUCUAGUGAAACUUGACGUGCAAUUCCAUACGUAUUUAUGGAUAAGGCGAAAUAAGUAUGAUAAUAUGAUGUAGGGAGAAGGGGGCGAAGCAAUGAAUAACAUGAAAAGUUAGGGUCUAACAUUUAUGUUCGUAUUUUACUUGGCAUGCGGCAGUCUUCUAGCAGCUUUGUAUUAUAACAAUUGAAUAUACAUAUAUAUUCGAUUAAAAGUAUAAUAAUAAUAAUAGUAAACAAUACUGUAAAUUAAAUUAUAGAUUUAAAUAUUAUACUGGUAUGAAGUAGGUUUGUUCUGGGAGUGUGUUCUUGUGACCUCUCUCUCUCAAAAAAAAAGAUGAAAAUUUGUGAUAUAUAACCGUUCUUUAUUUCAGUCUGAUGAUGUAAUACAAAUAAUAAUAAUAAUAAUGGCCCAUUUUGCCAAGGUCUCAAAAAAAUAGUUGAAUUCAUAGGUGUAAGUUCAGAACAUGUUGAAAAGAAGAAAGGAAUGAAAAAAAAAAUAAUUCCGAAAAGUUGAAAGACUAACGUAAACGAGAACUGUUUAUUUCGAUAUUUCA